AUGACUAAUUCAAUAAUAGCAUUAUUAUUGAUUGGAUUAGGUUGCAGUUUACUAAUUCGAUUUAUUUUAUUAUUGGAUAUAAACAAACGUGUUUACAAUCAUACACCUGGCUCAUGUCGAUUUAUUCGUACAUCUACCGGAAUAUUUGCAAAUGGUUCAGCCGGAAUGGUACUCAUUCCGGAAUUGAAUAUUGCAUUGAUAACAAGCGGAUAUGCAAAAAGUCGAGGAGUUAGUAAUAUUACUGGUGCAAUAUUCGUUUAUAAUUUUACGGAAAAUAGAAAUUAUGAAGCUAAGAAAUUGAAAAUUAAAGGAUUUAAUUUGCAAUAUUUUAUUCCAUAUGGAAUUGAUACAUAUAUUAGUCGAGGUCGAAUAACUGUUUAUAUCACUAAUUCUUAUCAGAAUACAACUGAUACUGUGGAAGUUUUUCAAUUUGAUCAUAAACGUUUACUUCUUACUUAUCAAAAAACAAUAAGUAAUGAUAAAUUUCGAAACUUAGCUGAUAUAGCAGUUGUUGGCGCUGAUCGAUUUAUCACCACCAAUUAUGCUUAUUAUCAAAAAUAUUGGAUGCAAAUUAUUGAAUUUGCUAUGCAAUCAUCAUUUGGUUCAAUUGUUUACUAUGAUGGACGACAAGGAAAUUAUCUCGAAAAAUAUUUUCCAACACCAAAUGGAAUUGCUAUAAAUAAGCAACAAAAUCGAUUAUAUGUUGCUAGUACAGUUAACGAAUUUAUACGAAUUUAUCAUUUACGAAAAGAUAUGUCAGUGGUAUUUGCAACUGAAAUUUCACUUCUUUCAUCACCAAAUAAAAUAUUUAUUGAAACUAAAAAUGGAAAUAUUUGGGUAGCACUUCAUCCGAUACUUUAUAAAGCUCAUAAACAUAUGCAAAAUCCAAUAAAUACGGAUGAACGUUCACCAUCUCAAAUACUUCGAAUACGAUUACAGGAUAAUGAUAAGAGUUGGGUGAUAACAGAACCGUAUGCAAAUGAUGGUGCAACAAUAUGUGGUUCAUCUGCUGUUUUAUUUCAUCAAAAUUCUUUACUUAUUGGUAGUUUAUUUGGUCGUACAUUGCAUUGUGAUAUUGAUACUUCUCAAAUUGUAUAG